CUUGCAAUCAUCCACCGCGGCCGGGGGUGCACGUUUCGCCCGUCCGUCCGUCCAUCCGGAUGGAUUUUGAAAAGGAAAGCGCCAAAAUUCGAUGCGCGCACGAAGGGUGGCUUUAUGGAUCCUCCCGCCGGGUCGCCCAUUUUUUGCGUGUUCCUUUUGUGCAAAAAUGGCUGACGGACCAGGAACCAGGGCACAUCACAUUACAAUCACAUUCACAGCACAUCCAGGGAGAAAUAAGGGCCCCAGCGCUGCUGUGCGUUACGGUGAAGGACGUACAAGCCGGCACUUCAAGUCGGUCCGGUGCAUGUGCACGAUGCGGGAUCGCUUUGAUGGGUGCGAACCGUUUAGCCGUAACAUGAUAUUGACAACUCGUUUUCAAAUGUACAAACUACAUAACAUGACAACGCAACAGACUAACACUACACAGAAUCGAAGGCAAAGUGUCCCAAAACCCCUACACGGGGGAUUAGGCGCUAGCCCAACGCUUGAGAUCCGGCCAUUCUUCACAUAGACGCUCUUGUUUAUGCCUCAUUCCUUGACGCAUCCACCUCACGCGCCCUCUUCAAUCGCCUGGUAUCCCGACGCAUGGCGACCAAAGAAGCUGUUCCCAAACAAAACAAAAUCAUACGAAGCCGUCCGUAAAUGCAGGGAACAAGAAGAUGAGCAAGGUCCAGCCGAGUUUUGCGCC